UUCUAACCAACAACAGUUCCAACCAAAUUCUUCCUAAGCAUAUUCAGAAACACCCAGAUAGAGAGAAUGAAAAAACAAAAAGUGGCACCUGGCCACUGCCCAACCUAGUGCCUUCUUCUCUCAUCACCACCACCACCACCACCACCUCCACCACCACCACCACCACCACCACCACCACCACCACUCCCAAUGCUUCCAAUCUAAACAAACCCUUCACAUUUUGAUUACAUGAUAUAAUAGUAUUAUGAGUAACAACAACAACAUGGAUCCUCUUCCCAGUCCUGAACACUCUAACCACCCUAAUUUCCUACCCGCACCACCCGGAAUCCCAACCCCAAUUCUGACACCGAAGCUUGAACCUUUAGACGAAUGGGUCACCACAACCCAAGAUCCGACCCGCACCGAUUUCUCCAACGGGACCCACCAAUUCAACCUCAACUUCUUCGCCGAUGAAACCCUAGCCGCUUCAAUCGACGGCGGCAACGCCGACGACGACAACAACGGCAACUCACUGUACUCCGACUUCAACCGAGUCACCGACCUGUUCCGAACCGCGUUCACGACGGGGUUGCAGCAAUGCCAGAACGAUGACGUUUCGGACCCGAACUCGCGCGCGAUCGUUCCGGUGCCUGCGGAGGAUAGCGUCGAAGCGCCUCCGUCGGCUGUGGUCUCGGUGGCGCGGCAGCGGCGGUGGAAGGAGCUUGUGAGGGUGACGGAUGCCGGCGUGGGGGAGCUUCAGCAUUUCCGCGACGUGGUUCGGAGGACGAGGAUGGUGUACGAUUCGCUCCGGGUGCUGGCUGCGGCGGAGGAAGAGCGGAGGGUGGAUACGCGGAGGGCGAGGAGCGAUUUGAGGGCUUCAGGGUUGAUGAGGACUUGUGGUUUGUGGCUGAAUCGCGAUAAGAGAAUCGUUGGUGCGAUUCCUGGGAUUUGCAUUGGUGAUGUGUUUUUUUACAGAAUGGAGUUGGUUGUUGUUGGUUUGCACGGUCAACCACAGGCUGGGAUUGAUUACUUGCCUGCUAGCAUGAGUUCCAAUGGUGAACCAAUUGCAACGAGUGUGAUAGUUUCGGGUGGUUAUGAGGAUGAUGUGGAUGAGGGUGAUGUGAUCAUCUAUUCUGGGCAUGGUGGCCAGGACAAGCAUUCAAGGCAGGUUUUUCAUCAGAAAUUGGAAGGAGGGAACCUUGCCAUGGAGAGAAGCAUGCAUUAUGGGGUCGAGGUGAGGGUUGUUCGAGGUGUUCGCUGUGAGGGCACUCUCUCUGCUUCUGGUAAGGUUUAUGUUUAUGAUGGCUUGUAUAGGAUUACUGAGUGCUGGUUUGAUGUUGGGAAGUCUGGUUUCGGUGUUUACAAGUAUAAGCUGUGGAGGAUUGAGGGUCAGCCUAAGAUGGGGAGUGCGAUUUUGAAGGAGGCUCUUAUGCUGAGAAGGGAUCCGAUGUGUAUUAACCCGACAUAUUACAUGUCUCUUGAUAUUUCCAAUAAGAAAGAAAAUGUUGCUGUGAGGCUCGUUAAUGACAUCGAUCGAAAUCCCGAGCCUCUUCUUUAUGAGUAUCUUGUGAGGACUACUUUUCCGCAGUUUGUGUUUCAUCAGAGUGGGAAGGCUACCGGUUGUGAGUGCGUGGACGGGUGUGUGGAUGGAUGCCUUUGUUCCAUGAAGAAUGGAGGGGAGUUUCCUUAUAGUCAAAGUGGUGUUCUGUUGAGAGGGAAACCUUUAAUAUUUGAAUGUGGCCCCUUUUGUAGUUGUCCUCCUCACUGUAGGAACCGUGUCACGCAGAAGGGGCUGAAAAAUAGGCUUGAAGUGAUUAGAUCCAGGGAGACUGGUUGGGGAGUUAGGUCCUUGGACCUUAUUCAAGCUGGCGCUUUUAUCUGCGAGUACACAGGGGUUGUUCUGACUACAGAGCAAGCCAAAAUUUUGACAAUGAAUGGUGAUACAUUGAUAUAUCCUGGUCGGUUUUCUGAGAGGUGGGCAGAAUGGGGGGAUUUAUCUCUGAUAGACUCCACUUAUGAACGUCCGAAGUAUCCGUCAAUUCCUCCUUUAGAUUUUGCUAUGGAUGUAUCAAGAAUGAGGAAUGUUGCGUGCUAUAUUAGUCACAGUUCAACUCCUAAUGUGUUGGUUCAGUAUGUUCUGUUUGAUCACAAUAAUUUGAUGUUCCCUCACCUUAUGCUAUUCGCAAUGGAAAACAUCCCUCCAAUGAGAGAGCUCAGCCUUGAUUAUGGGGUAGCUGAUGAGUUUACCGGCAAACUAUCCAUAUGUAACUGAAAGAUUUGGAAGGAAUGUACACCUUAUAAUUGCUGAAGUUGAGUUUUGGGCAUUGUUCUCAAAGAUAUACAAAUUGAUGUAUCCACCAAAAAAAAUGUAUUUACCAAAACAGAUAUGAUGCAGCAAAACUUCCAUAGGAUUUCAACCUCAGGAGUUUACAAGGAUCAGUGGAAUUAAUUGUUGUAUAAUUCUUGUAAGGGUAUCAAACAUGUCAAUAUGAUUUAUUAUACUGUGCUGGUUUUAUCUAACUCUCGUCGGCUAGUACAAUGCGCCCCUCUUGGUUUGAUAGAUCAGGAAUGCGUUUCGAUACUAGUUGAAUACAUCGUGAACCGACUUUCAUCCAAUUCUAUAAGAAUAGUUUCUUUUCUAUAAGAAUAGUUUCUUUUCGUUCACAUUGUCUUAAAGCAGGUACUAACGUACAUUUGUACUAGUGUCAAAAGGUAUCCAAACAUACUUAGUUCCCUGUGCACUUCAAUCUUGAAUACUUCCAUAA